UUGUAUCCCUUCGCUCUGUUAACUGCAGGGAGUCCUGUCUCUUCUUUCAUUCAUCUUAUUGUUUCGUAUCUUUGAUGGAUUCCCGUGUUUGUAAAACGUGGACCGGCCUUGAUUCGCUUCAGUUUCCACGGUUCCAUGCCAGCAAGGACAGCGAUUUAAUUAAAUUUUCAAACACUUUCAGACUUGCUGUGAAGAAGAUAAAUGUUUAAAAAGAAUUAAAAACACAGAAUUUAACGUAAGAGUCAAGAGAAAACUCGUUUUAAAGCUGCAAGCUUUCAGUUUCUUUGUAGAAAGACUAAUUCUGUUGCCAGGCUUGAUCCAAAUGCUCCACAUCCACAUGAUUGGAUGAAUUAUUUAUUAAAAAUGACCAAACAAAAGCAUCACUGAUCACUGCAGCAGGUUUCCCAUGAGCGAGGCUGUGACAGCGAGCUGAGAGAUUCACAUGAACCACCUGAGUUAUCAGAAACACAAGAGAGACGAUGAUGUCAUGGCUUCAGAUGACGGAUGAUGCAGCUGCAGGCGACACUGAUUGGCUGAUCGGCGGCCAUGUCUCUGAGCUCUCCUCCGAUUCUCUCUGUCCGGCCCUCGCGGGCGCUGGUGGACGAGGCGUUCGAGGUCCUGGUGGAGAAUCUGCCGCCGGCGUCACCGUUCACGCUGUGCUCGCUGCACCACUCUGAGGACGGGGACGACUGGGAGGCGUACGGCCACUACUUCAGCGACCACAGCGGGAGAGUGUCAGUUUCGGAGGAUCUGAGUUUUGGAGGAACGUACUCUGGGAUGGAGGCCAUGGGUUUGAUUUGGAGCAUGCGUCCGGUUCCAGGCAGCCGCGCCGGAGUCAGGUUGAGGAAGAAGAACGUCACCACCCCCAUGCUGGUCACCAUCUCCCUGUACAACGGACAUGAGGACUUCAGGGACAGCAGUCCUCUGGGUUCUGUAGUAGCGGAGAGGUGGUACAUGGGCCCAGGUAUCCAGCGGAUCGAAAUCACUGAGGGAGGAUUACGAGGGAGCCUCUUCAUACCCGCAGGUCCCGGACCGUUCCCUGGGAUUCUGGACCUGUGGGGUGGAGGAGGAGGGCUGCUGGAGUACCGCUCCGCCCUGCUGGCCUCGCGCGGCUACGUCUGUCUGGCUCUGGAGUACUUCAAAACGGGCCAGAUGAAGUCAACAGAUCUCAGUUUUGAAUACUUUGAGAACGCCUACCGCGUCCUGAAGGAGCAUCCUCAGGUCAUCGCAGACAGAGUCGGGAUCAUCGGUCUCUGCCUCGGCACCAUCGUGACCUUCGGCUUGGUGACCGAAAGCACAGAGAUCCAGCCCUGUUGUGUCGUUUGCAUCAGCAACAUAAUCAGCAAAUCUCCAGGAAAAUCCCUCAGCGGUUUCCACCGAAGCAUUCCCAGCGAGUUCAAUAAGAUCCGCGUGGACGAGAACAACCAUCAGAUCUGGAGGGACGUGGGGCUGGCGCUGCUGAAGGAGCCGUCCAUGAAGGUGGACGUGGCCAAAAUAAACUGUCCUCUGCUGCUGGUCAACGGAUGUGAUGAUCAGAACUGGUGUUCGGUGGAAACGGCCGAUGAUAUUUCCAAGACGAUGAACGCCGCGGGGAAAGGUCACCUGUUGACCCGGCUGGACUACCCAGAAACCGGACAUCUGAUCGAGCCGCCGUUCUCGGCUCACUGCGCCGCCGGAACCUUCAUUAUGUACAGCAACAACCAAAAAGUGAUCCAGAGCUACGGGGGGAAAACGAAGCCGCACAGCGACGCUCAGGACGACUCCUGGAGGAAGAUCCUCAGCUUCCUGCGCCACCAUCUGUACAGCAGCCACAGAGCCAAGAUGUGACGCGCCGACAGGUCAGCAUCACUUCUGACACAUCGUCAGGUUGCUCUGUGUUUCCACGUUUUCUUUGGUCAAAAUAAACAUUUUCAGAGCAAAAAUACAUUAAAUUUACAGAAAAGACAGAGAAUAAAGUCUGAAAAUAUAUUCCCAAAUUUCCAGCUUUUAUUUCAAUAAACAAGUCAAAUUAAACUUGACUAAUAUAACUAAUUAACUUUGUAUUCUGUGAUAAUCUUACAACAUGCAUUAUUUGUUUAUUAUUGUUAAAAAUUAAUAAUGUUGAUAUGUUUUGGUCAAAUCUUCUGAUGUCGGUUUAAACUGAAGUUUUACUUUAAUAUAGAGACUGAAAAUCAAAACGUUUACAUAAAAUAUAAUCUGUUGGUUUUGGUGAUAACAGCUCACAUCCAAUAUUUCAUUUUAUAGAGAAACUUUCAGCCUUUUUAUCAAUAACCUUUAUCAAUGAUGAUGAAUUUAAUAUUUCUGUUUUUCCAUAUUAAAUUCUAAUGUAUGAGCAACUGAACUUGUUUUUUUGUAAACUGCAAUCAUUAAAUUUAUCAUGAAAUAAACUU